ACUAUAAAUUUCACCCUCUAAGAAGCUCCCCCUCCACACUCACUGCAUAAAACAGAGCGCAUUACAGAAGCUAUCAGCAAACUAUCAUCAACCAUGAGCACUGCCGGUCAGGUCAUCCGUUGCAAGGCUGCUGUCGCAUGGGAGGCGGGGAAGCCACUUGUGAUUGAAGAAGUGGAGGUGGCCCCCCCGCAAAGGAAUGAAGUCCGUGUGAAGAUUCUCUAUACCUCCUUGUGCCACACUGAUGUCUAUUUCUGGGAGGCCAAGGGACAAAACCCCCUAUUUCCUCGCAUUCUUGGUCAUGAAGCGGGAGGGAUUGUGGAGAGUGUGGGUGAGGGUGUAACUGAUCUCCAGCCAGGUGAUCAUGUUCUCCCUAUAUUCACUGGGGAAUGCAAGGAGUGCCCCCACUGCAAGUCAGAAGAAAGCAACAUGUGUGAUCUCCUUAGGAUCAAUACUGAUAGGGGUAGCAUGAUUAAUGAUGGCAAAUCCAGGUUCUCUAUCAAUGGGCAGCCAAUCCAUCACUUUCUCGGCACUUCAACUUUCAGUGAAUACACUGUUGUCCACGUUGGACAGGUUGCAAAGAUCAAUCCAGCUGCCCCUCUUGACAAAGUUUGUGUUCUCAGUUGUGGGAUUUCCACAGGCUUUGGUGCCACUGUGAAUGUUGCUAAACCCAAAAAGGGUCAUUCAGUUGCCAUUUUUGGACUGGGUGCUGUUGGUCUUGCUGCUGCUGAAGGGGCACGGGUUUCUGGGGCUUCAAGGAUCAUUGGUGUUGAUCUGAAUGCCAGCAGAUUUGAGGAAGCCAAGAAGUUUGGUGUAACAGAGUUUGUGAAUCCUAAAGAUCAUGACAAACCCGUUCAACAGGUGAUUGCUGAGAUGACAAAUGGAGGUGUGGAUCGCAGUGUUGAAUGCACUGGAAGCAUUCAGGCUAUGAUUUCAGCAUUUGAAUGUGUCCAUGAUGGUUGGGGUGUUGCAGUGCUUGUUGGUGUCCCAAGCAAAGAUGAUUCAUUCAAAACAAGUCCAGUGAAUUUCCUGAACGAGAGGACUCUCAAGGGUACUUUCUUUGGCAACUACAAACCCCGCACUGAUAUUCCGAAAGUUGUCGAACAAUACAUGAACAAGGAGCUAGAACUGGAGAAACUGGAGAUGUUUGUAACUCACUCUGUGUCUUUCUCGGAGAUCAACAAAGCAUUCGAGUACAUGCUGUCUGGCCAGGGUCUGAGAUGCAUGAUUCGCAUGGAACAUUAGAGGCAAUCGAAAUUUCAUCUAUAUAAUCAGAAAGUUAUUUUAGAAUUUCUUGGAUGUGAAGAGUCAGUUGUGCGUGUAGCAGUUUCAUCUGGGCAGUAUUGAACUCAUGGAUAUAAUAUGUAUGUCAUUUUUCCUUUUUUCUUGUUUCUCUUUGGUUACAUGUUCACGGCAUGCAUUUUAUCUUAAUUUGAUUGUGGCUUUAGCACACCCAAUUUAUCUAUGAAGAGGCAGGCUUGGCAAACAUAAUAGAUAACUAGAACAACA